AUGGAGGGACUUGUUUCUUCCCCACCAAAUUUUCUUGACUCAGAAGGUAGCUCCAUCAGAAAGGUUUUUAGCACAGGUGAUUUGCAGGGAAUGCAACAAAAUCAGCGGUCAGAAAGUUGGCUAUCAAAUGAGAGUAACAGCAUAAUCGAAGGAAUGACCAAAGGUUGCAAAUACAGUCCCGAAGAGAAGAAGGAGAGGAUUGAGAGAUACAAAAACAAGAGAAAUCAACGAAAUUUUAGCAAGAAGAUUACGUAUGAGUGCAGAAAGACUUUGGCAGAUAGUAGACCUCGCAUUAGAGGAAGAUUUGUAAGAAAUGACGAAAUAAUUGAGAAGACAUCUCAGAAUGAAUUUAAUGAGGCAGAAGUAGAAGAAGACGAGGACGUUGAGGACUGGAUUAGCUUUCUUGAUGCCUUUUCAGCAAACAUUUUUCCCUAA